GCUGCUAUUACAGCUGGUUUGCAAAGUGAUAGUCAAGUGCGCAUGGAUCAUCUUUGGGAUGCUCGGGAUCGUGUGCUUAUGGGACCCAAGCGCCAACUUCCUAAAGAUCAAAAGAGUAACCAAAUUGCAGCAUUCCACGAGGCAGGUCAUGCAAUCGCCGCCAUUUAUACACCUGGCAGUACUCCUCUUCAUAAGGUAACCAUAAUCCCUCGCGGAAAGUCAGGCGGGCACACUAGCUUUCUUGAUGAAGUUGAUACUAACUACCAGACACGACAACAGCUGAUCGCGCAAUUGGACGUUGCUAUGGGUGGACGUGUCGGUGAAGAGCUUGUCUUCGGUUCGGAUCAGGUCACCACUGGCGCAAGCAACGAUUUCGAGGCAAGUUCUUUCUGCAUAUAG